AUGCCAAACAAAUGUUUUGUGCCAGGCUGUAUGACGGGAUAUGCUAGCGAAGGAAAAAUUUUUACAUUAUUUGGAGCACCAAAGAUUGAAGAUGCUAUAUGCCAAAAACUUACUGUUGAACAUCUAUACACCAAUUUGCUGUUUAGUAUAAUGACUCAUCUCAUGAUGGAAGAUAAUAUAAAUGUUUUAGGAUGUGAAGAACAUGCUCGAGAAAUCACUCAAAGCAUAAUAAUAUUUUAUACUCAAUGCCGAAUGCACUUUGCGUGCAAUGAAGCUAAUUCAAUGCGACAAAAAAAACAAAAAACAAAUGAUGGUGAUAUUUUGGCUCUUUUGGGAGAUGGUGAUGUGUCUGAUAUAGGUAGUGAAGUUGACGAAUUGGAAGAUGAUAAUUGUUUUCCAAUUGAUGAGUUUGACCAAUUGUUAAAUGAUUUUGACGAUUUAUCCUCGGACAUUUUGCCCGAUAUAGAGGAGGUUGAACCUGAUUUCAUAAAUACAAAUAAACGUGAUAUUCAUUGGGUACAAAAACCAUUCGAGCCACCUACUAUUAAUUUAGAAGAUAUAGAAACAUUUAAUACUAAUUUGUACGCAACUCAAAAAAAUUUGGGCUCAAAGUUCAAACUCACCGACGAACACGAGAUAAAAACGCUAAUUGGUAUACACAUGCUAAUGGGAUGCCUGAAAUAUUCCCGUGUACGCAUGUAUUGGCAAAAAAGAUUUUUUGUACAUUUGAUAGCUGAUAAUAUGAGCCGAAAUCGAUUUUUUAACUUAAGAACUAAUUUUCACGUAAUUGAUAACAAUGAUAUACCACCAUGUAAUAAGGAUAAGUUUAUAAAAGUUCGGCCUCUGUGUGAUAGUUUUUUACGAAAAUGUAAGAGCCUACCCGUGGAAAAAAACAUUUGUGUGGAUGAGCAAAUGGUACCUUUUAAAGGCAAGUUGUGUAUCAAACAAUAUGUAAAAAAUAAGCCAAUCAAAUGGGGAAUCAAAAUUUUUCUAUUAUGUGGAGAAAGUGGUUUGGCUUACAAUUUGUUUCUUUUUCAAGGUUUUUCCGAAUUAGACCCUGAAAAUAUUAAAACGUAUGGUUCUGGAGGCUCAGUUGUUUUACGUCUAACCGAAAACAUAAAACCAAAUCGUCAUUUUCUAUUUUUUGAUAAUUAUUUCUCGUCCUAUGGGCUUUUUGAAAAACUACUGCACGAUAAAAUAUAUGCUGUUGGUACAAUCAGGGCCAAUUGGUUUGCCAAACCACCUUUUUUGUCUGAUAAAUUGAUGCGAGAAUUGGGAAGAGGAACAUCGUUUGAAAUAACCACAGACCAACCGAACAACUACAAUAUAGGUUUACUCAAAUGGUAUGAUAACAAGCCAGUGCAUUUAGGUUCAAACUUUGUUACAUCUGGGGAACUUGAUGUGGUUCGUAGAUGGUCUAAAAAGGAAAAAAAGUAUGUUGACAUAGAAAGGCCUGAAAUUGUUCGUAUUUAUAAUCAAUCAAUGGGAGGAGUGGACAAAAUGGACCAGAUGGUUAGUUAUUAUAGGAUUUAUAUUAGAUCAAACAAAUGGACAUUAAGAAUGGCCAUGCAUUUUUUUGAUUUGGCUAUAUGUAAUUCUUGGAUCCAAUAUAAAAAACACGCAGAAAUUUUGAAAAUUCCAAAAAAAAAAAUUAUGGAUUCGAUGGAUUUUCGUAUGGAUAUCGCAGAAAGUUUGAUACGCGUAAAUAAACCAAGCACGCCAAAUAGAAAAAGAGGACGUCCAUCAGCACAGGCGGAACCAGUACCAGAAGAAACAUACAAGAAAAGAAACGUGGUAGAUUCAGCGCCUCCAAAUAUUGAUGUACGUUUAGAUGGAACAUAUCAUCGUGCAUUAGUCGACGAACGAAAAUAUGCAACGAAGUGUAAACAUCCAACUUGCAAAAGAAGAACACAUACGUUUUGUAGCAAAUGCAAUCUUCAUCUAUGCUUGGAUAGGACAAGUAACUGUUUUGACAAAUAUCAUACAAAGUAA